UCGAGUAGAAUACGGCAAUUUCAACGUCGAAACGAAUUUUGAAUUUCUCUUAAAAUGAUUUCUGAAUUGUUACCAUUUUGGACGAAAUACUGGCACCACGUGCUGAUCGGUAUUAUUUCUUAUAGUUUUUUAAAAAUAUUUUACAAAGUAUCGAAGAAGAGCGCCCUUUUCAUUAAAAAUGACAAAAAUAGAUCUGAAAUUUUAAAUAAUACUAUGGAGCAACUAGAAGACUCUAGCAAAGAAAGUUUAGAAGAUAGCGAGGAACCUGUACUACCAAAAGACUUAGAACAUAUUCUGUACGAAUAUAAAAAAUUCUCUGAAGCAGAGAUACUCCAUAGAGCAUCUGAAUUUUAUAAAAUAGUAGCGGCUAGGAGAACUAUAAGAUUUUUCAGUCCAGACCCCGUACCAAAAGAAGUCAUACGUGAGAUAAUAAAAGCUGCAGGCACUGCGCCUAGUGGUGCACAUACAGAACCAUGGACAUUCGUAGCGGUAUCAAACCAAAAGGUGAAGGAACAAAUAAGAUGCAUUGUAGAGAAAGAAGAAGAAAUAAACUACAAACAAAGAAUGGGAGUAAAGUGGACCACUGAUUUACUUCCAUUAAAAACUAAUUGGAUCAAAGAAUAUCUGACCACUGCUCCUUACUUGUUGCUCAUAUUUAAACAAACUUACGGAAUUUUGCCCAAUGGAAAAAGAAAAGUUCACUAUUACAAUGAAAUAAGCACAUCCAUGGCAUGUGGUAUUCUCCUUACGGCUAUACAGUAUGCAGGUUUGGUAACUCUGACUUCUACUCCUUUAAAUUGUGGACCUGCUAUCCGCAACAUUCUUGGACGUCCUCCUAAUGAAAAGCUUGUUGUACUACUGCCAGUUGGAUAUCCAGCAAAGGAUGCUACAGUGCCUGCUCUUCAACGAAAACCUCUAUCUGAUAUUUUAGUCGAAAUUGAUUAACGCAUAUGUAAUAACAAAAUCGUGGAUUCGCAUCUAAUACUCCAUCAGAAUUAUGCUUGCUUAUGGGAUAAUAUAAAAUGAGUACACAUAAUCAUAGAUUUAUACAAAUCCUAUGUUUUAUAAAAAAACUUAUAUUUUUCUUGAGUAUUGUUUGUUACUUAUGAAUACCUUAUAUUACACUUUCGCAAAUAUAUAUUAUUUAUCGUAAUUAUAGAAUAUAGUUUUCCUUGGUCACAACAUGACUUCCGAUCUUAUAAAGUUAUCCUAAAAUGUUCAAAAGGGAAACUAAUCCCUGAAAUAUAGCACCCAAAGAAGUUCUAUCGUUAUGUAUUAUGUAUUAUCUUCCUGUACUUGGAAAAUUUUUCAUGGCACACAAUAAGACUGUCUAAAGUUAGCGAUUCGGUUUGUACAAACUAAUGUUUAUUCAAAUUUGCAUACAGUGUGUUAAAAAUAAGCAAUAUAAAAUGUAAAUUCACCACGUUUAAUCAAUUCAAACUCAAAAUGUUUAUAGACUAAUUUUCAUGACACCUAGUACACAAUUCUGUGUCGUUAAGCGACCCUAAGAUUACUGAAUAAAAAAAAAAAGAA